CCUCCCCAAAGGUCAGGAGUCUCUGGUCAUUCCCUGCACUGUCUGCAGUCUCUGGUCAUCCCCUGCACUGUCUGCAGUCUCUGGUCAUCCCCUGCACUGUGUCCGCAGUCUCUGGUCAUCCCCUGCACUGUGUCCGCGCAGUCUCUGGUCAUUCCCUGCACUGUCUGCAGUCUCUGGUCAUUCCCCUGCACUGUGUCCGCAGUCUGUCAUCUCCUGUACUGCAGUCUCUGGUCAUCUCCUGUCUGCACUCUGGUCAUUCCCUGCAGUGUCUGCAGUCUCUGGUCAUCUCCUGUACUGUGUCCGCAGUCUCUGGUCAUCUCCUGUACUGUGUCUGCAGUCUCUGGUCAUUCCUGCACUGUCUGCAGUCUCUGGUCAUCCCCUGUACUGUGUCUGCAGUCUCUGGUCAUUCCCUGCACUGUCUGCAGUCUCUGGUCAUCCCCUGCACUGUCUGCAGUCUCUGGUCAUUCCCUGCACUGUCUGCAGUCUCUGGUCAUCCCCUGUACUGUGUCUGCAGUCCAUUGUCAUCUGUACUGUCCGCAGUCUCUGGUCAUCCCU